AGCAACUUUGACCUGCUAAAUAAAGGGGCGUGGUUUACAGUCUGCUUGAAGUACGUCCCUGGAUCCUCUAGCCUCUGCCUCUAGCCUCUGCCUCUAGCCUGAGCCUCUCCCACAUGCACAGUAAAGAUACUGGGAUAUUUGUCAUGGAGAAGCGUGCUCUGGUGAUCCUUGCCCCAGGGGCUGAAGAGAUGGAGACAGUCAUUAGCACCGAUGUCCUCCGUCGCGCAAAGAUUAAUGUCACCCUCGCUGGACUGGACUCAGCCGAACCCGUUAUUUGCAGCAGGAAUGUAUGCAUUGUGCCCGACAUGUCUCUGGACGACGCUGUAUUGAGGGGCCCCUAUGAUAUCGUGGUUUUGCCUGGGGGGCUUGGAGGCUCAAAACGAUUGGCUGACUCGGAAAAAGUUAAGAGUGUCCUCAUAUCGCAGGAGUCUGCUGGAGGUUUUGUGGCUGCAGUCUGUGCUGCACCUAGUGCUCUACUCUCACAUGGAAUAUCGAAGGGCAAGCAGAUUACCUCCCACCCCUGUGUGAAGAAAGAGCUGGAGGCUAGCGGACAGUACAGCUAUUCUGAGGCUCGUGUAGUUAGAGACGGGACAGUGAUCACCAGUCGAGGACCAGGCAGCUGUUUCGAGUUUGCUCUGGCCAUUGUGACAGCUCUGGUGGGAGAGGAGGUUGCCAAGGAGAUAGCUGGACCAAUGAUGUUGCCAACUGUUUAGCUUACUUUGAGUUGUCACACACCUGCUCAACUUUGUUAGUGGAAUACGUUAAUUCAAGCAGCCUAUUAAAUUCUCUUGAACUUCUAUAUUUUUUGUGGCAUGCAAAAAUGUAUCGUGAUAAUUUAAAUUCAUAAUUCAUAAUUUAUAACAUCA